UAAGAGAUUCUAAUUUACUCAAUUUCAAAAUAAUGUAGAUGUCUUUUUACCUAUAAUAUUUAAUAUUAUUCGUCUAAAAUGGCGGUGGGAAGUUGGUGCAGGUGGCGCCGCCACCGUCCGCAGCCUUAUACACUAAUUUCGUCACUUUACACUUCCCAAUGGCAUCAAUAGCUACCAUAUAUAACAAAUCAAUUAAUUCUCACUUCCCAAAACACAUUUUAAUCACUUGUUUCUGUGACAAUCUCCGAUAAAAAUGGCGUUUUUACACAAGUUAUCCAAGGCUUCUUCACUCGCCAGCGCCUCCCUAAUUCGCCAUCUGAGCAACGUCCCGGAGAACACCGUCUACGGUGGCCCAAAACCUCAAACGCCCAAUCAGAGAGUGACGCUUAACCAGCUAAGGCAAAAAUACAAUAAAGGUGAGCCAAUCACCAUGGUAACAGCCUACGACUACCCGUCGGCGGUCCACCUCGACACCGCCGGCAUCGAUAUCUGCCUCGUCGGUGACUCUGCUUCCAUGGUCGUUCACGGCCACGACACCACUCUUCCUAUCACGCUCGAUGAAAUGCUCGUCCAUUGCCGGGCCGUUGCUCGCGGCGCUAAGCGCCCGUUGCUCGUUGGUGACUUGCCGUUUGGGACCUAUGAGACUAGUACCAGUCAGGCAGUUGAUACAGCUGUUAGGAUCUUAAAAGGAGGAGGGAUGGAUGCUAUCAAAUUGGAAGGAGGGUCCCCUUCGAGAAUCACCGCCGCAAAAGCCAUCGUUGAGGCUGGAAUCGCGGUUAUCGGACAUGUCGGACUUACUCCACAGGCAAUUAGUGUACUUGGAGGAUUCAGGCCUCAAGGCAAAAAUGUUGCUAGUGCAGUCAAGGUUGUAGAGACCGCCAUGGCUUUGCAAGAAGCUGGAUGUUUUUCGGUCGUUUUGGAAUGUGUUCCGGCACCUGUGGCUGCUGCAGCCACAUCUGCUCUCCAAAUUCCCACAAUUGGCAUUGGAGCUGGUCCUUUUUGCAGUGGACAGGUUCUAGUUUACCAUGAUCUACUUGGAAUGCUGCAACACCCGCAUCACGCAAAGGUUACUCCAAAGUUUUGCAAGCAGUUUGCUCGUGUCGGAGACAUUAUAAACAAAGCUCUCUUAGAGUACAAAGAAGAAGUAACAAAUGGUUCGUUCCCUGGUCCUUCACACACCCCAUACAGAAUGAAUCCCAAAGACGUGAAUGGAUUCUCGAAGGAGUUGCAGAGAUUGGGUUUAGAUGAUGCAGCAUCGGCGGCAAACGAAGCGGCAAUUGAGCCUGAGAAGAUGAACAUGGUAAACACCGGAAGUAACUAAAUUAAAGCCAGAUUUCUUCACCUUUUUUUUUUUUCUACUUCAAUCAAAUUCAUUUAAGAAGCAAAUAAUGGCAUUCUUUUUCGGCAUUGCAAAUUUUUGGUUAAAGCAAUUGGUACCACUUAACAGUUAAUUAUUAAAAGCUGAAUUUAUAAUUUAAUCCUUGCCCAUUCUUUUUCUUGGUUGAGAAA